GGGACUUCCGGCGGGUGACGCGCCCGGGUUCGGCUACAAAAGACGACGGCUGCGGCGCGCCGGGCGGAACUUUCCAGAACGCUCGGUGAGAGGCGGAGGAGCGGUAACUACCCCAGCUGCGCACAGCUCCGCGCUCCUUCCCGCUCCCUCACACACCGGCCUCAGCCCGCACCGGCAGUAGAAGAUGGUGAAAGAAACAACUUACUACGAUGUUUUGGGGGUCAAACCCAAUGCUACUCAGGAAGAAUUGAAAAAGGCUUAUAGGAAACUGGCCUUGAAGUACCAUCCUGAUAAGAAUCCAAAUGAAGGAGAGAAGUUUAAACAGAUUUCUCAAGCUUACGAAGUUCUCUCUGAUGCAAAGAAAAGGGAAUUAUAUGACAAAGGAGGAGAACAGGCAAUUAAAGAGGGUGGAGCAGGUGGCGGUUUUGGCUCCCCCAUGGACAUCUUUGAUAUGUUUUUUGGAGGAGGAGGAAGGAUGCAGAGAGAAAGGAGAGGUAAAAAUGUUGUACAUCAGCUCUCAGUAACCCUAGAAGACUUAUAUAAUGGUGCAACAAGAAAACUGGCUCUGCAAAAGAAUGUGAUUUGUGACAAAUGUGAAGGUAGAGGAGGUAAGAAAGGAGCAGUAGAGUGCUGUCCCAAUUGCCGAGGUACUGGAAUGCAAAUAAGAAUUCAUCAGAUAGGACCUGGAAUGGUUCAGCAAAUUCAGUCUGUGUGCAUGGAGUGCCAGGGCCAUGGGGAGCGGAUCAGUCCUAAAGAUAGAUGUAAAAGCUGCAACGGAAGGAAGAUAGUUCGAGAGAAGAAAAUUUUAGAAGUUCAUAUUGACAAAGGCAUGAAAGAUGGCCAGAAGAUAACAUUCCAUGGUGAAGGAGACCAAGAACCAGGACUGGAGCCAGGCGAUAUUAUCAUUGUGUUAGAUCAGAAGGACCAUGCUGUUUUUACUCGACGAGGAGAAGACCUUUUCAUGUGUAUGGACAUACAGCUCGUUGAAGCAUUGUGUGGCUUCCAGAAGCCAAUAUCUACUCUUGACAACCGAACCAUCGUCAUCACCUCUCAUCCAGGUCAGAUUGUCAAGCAUGGAGAUAUCAAGUGUGUACUAAAUGAAGGCAUGCCAAUUUAUCGUAGACCAUAUGAAAAGGGUCGCCUAAUCAUCGAAUUUAAGUUUCUUUUGAAGGUAAACUUUCCUGAGAAUGGCUUUCUCUCUCCUGAUAAACUGUCUUUGCUGGAAAAACUCCUACCCGAGAGGAAGGAAGUGGAAGAGACUGAUGAGAUGGAUCAAGUAGAACUGGUGGACUUUGAUCCAAAUCAGGAAAGACGGCGCCACUACAAUGGAGAAGCAUAUGAGGAUGAUGAACAUCAUCCCAGAGGUGGUGUUCAGUGUCAGACCUCUUAAUGGGCCAGUGAAUAACACUCACUGCUGGCAUUUAAUGUGCAGUAGUGAAUGAGUGAAGGACUGUAAUCAUAAUAUGCUCACUACUUGCUCUUGUUUUUGUUUUAAUAAACUAUAGUAGUGUUUUAAAAAGUUAAAUGAAGAAUAAACGCAAAUAUAAAAGCUCUGACUUUGCCCUGUAUGUAUGAUGACUUCAGUGUGCAAGAUGAAGUUUAAUACCUGUAAAAACUACAAAGAAGUUCCCCUAGCAUUUCUAGGCCAAACCUUGUAAUUGACUUCAGCUAUGUACGUGGACAAGCUUAGACUGAAAUGCUAGGUAUAUGUAUUGGCUUCAGUGUAUGACCCUUCAUUGUUAAGCUAUGAAAGUAAAACUCUGUAUUUAACUGGCAAUGAGGAAAAAAAAAUUUUGUAGAGAA